AUCGUUUGUGUUUUGUUGCACGCACAGGAUCGCAUGUGCAACCUGUAUUCGCCACCUGUCUGAACUGAUCAACCUGUGUGAGGAUAAGAUUGAGUGCAGUUCUGGGAAGACUGCUUGCGCCACGCAAAGUGUCCGAAAAUUAUUGAGAAAUCGACCGACAUAAAGUAAAGAUCUCGAAGGGAAACUACAGCAGUCUCUCUUUCGCAUUCGAUUGGAGGGAUAAGUUGUAACAGGCCAAAGCAAUGUUAUAAAGUACAAUAUAGGUAGAUUUCAAACUUGACUGGUGUGAAUUGGGGAGCAGCAUUGGAUCAAAGACUACAGGCAGCAUUAAGCUCUUCUUUGUCACACGUCUUUAGCUGUUUAAAAGAUAGCGUAUUACAUGAGGAGAGAGCCAGACUCUUCGGUUUUGCUUUUAUCACUUUUAUCGGGUCACACGCAAGUUUCCUGUCGGUGUUAUUUUCAAUCCUUUGCAGGUUUUGUGUCCACAGUAAUGACGCUAGCGCAGUUACUUCUGUUUUUAUCACUGGCCGCAGUGCAGCAGGUUCUCGCCGCUCAAAAAGAAAGUAAAUGCGACAUUUCAAGCCACCCACGAAAUCUAACGCUAACCAAUGACAACUUGUCAUACACAUUGAAGUGGGAACGACCGCGCACGCCGCUCGAGUCGGAGCUCAGUAGCAAAAAUACUCUUGUCAUUACAUACAACGUGUACCUGGCAGUUGAAUUGCGGACCGGCGAGCUGUUUAACUGGGUUCCCUUGGUUCGAUGUACCAACCUACACACCACCUCUUGCUUGUUUCAGCUUAAAAACAUCGACUACAACUACGUUGUUUCCGUGCAGGCAAUAAACGGCGCUUGUAUAAGUGACCGCACACUUUCCACAGUGUUUCUGGCACCCCGAAACUCAAGUCUACUGUCCCCGCCAAAAUUUAAGGUCCGACGUGGUAAAAACGACAUUUUCAUACACCCAGAACCGGUGGAAAACAUAAAACCGUCAUCUGGUGAUAAUGAUAUGGAUAAAUCUUCACUAAUUGACAUUUUUCUUCGAUUGCAAUAUCAGGUCGAACUCACUACUUCAGAAAAUCAAACCGACCGUACGUUAGCUGAAGUCACAACAACUGAGAUUAACGUCCCUACUCAUAUUUGUGCAAACAAAGCAAAAGCAAUGUUAAGUCAGUGCUGUGUCCGACUACGGUUUCUUGUGCCCGAUCUUGUUGGGGAAGGUUACCCGCUUGGAACUGGUAACUGGAGCGAGUGGAAAUGCUUCAAUGUAACUGAAAUCCCUUCAACUGCAACACCAGUUACAGAACCAAGAGUGCACAUGGGAUCCUUCAUUAUAACAUCAGCCAUUUUGCUUUCACUGAUUGGCUUCGCGUUCAGCACCUGGGCUGCUUGCAAAUCGUGGAAGAUUUACCGAGAAAUUUUCAAACAAAAGCCUGAUGUGCCGGAGAGCCUGGAAAGAGUAAUGGCGGACUCCCCGGACCUGCAUUCUUCUGCAGAAACAUCCUCUUUAGAAAUUCAUGAUAUCUUGAAAAAACUGCCGAAAAAGUUGUCUCUUGCAAUAAAAACCAACAAGAAAGAUGCCAUCGUGUUAGACACCGAAGAUGUGACUUUAAAUCCCACUAAGACGAACAUAGAUUCAAAUUCCAAGUGUUAUGGAGACAUGCUUAUCCACGAUUACCCUCGCUGUUCGUGUGACUUCGUGGGACCCCCUAGAUGGCGCUGCAGGCAAUGUAGUCGUUCUUCUGCGAGCUCCGCUAUCUAUAACCAGAGCUAUACAAGAACAAAUGGAUCGUUUACUAAAUUUGUCGGAGUGAAUGAAACGAGAUGUAUACAUAGCGACUCUCGUCGUAACUCUUUCUUUGAUUUCCAAGCGAGCUGGGAAAAUCGCGAAGAUAAUGAUUUUCCUCAUUUCGACUCUGUUUUUAACUCUGACACUGAGCCUGAUAUACACGAUGCUUGUGACCAUAGCACGCCUAACGAGGCUUUCAACCACCGUUGUGGGAAACUGAACGACUACGUGAUGGAAGUUUCCGAAGCCGGGAGAUCCGGGUUAAGUCACCGGUCCAUGUUUUUCCCACAGCCGUUUAAUACCGAGAGCUCUGUACUACAAAAAGACUUCGCAGUAGGCGGUUCAAUUGACCAUUCUUUACAACUACCUAACACAAGUCUUGAUUCUGUUGAACGCGGCCACAGUUCUUUGAAAACAUCAUCCGAUCACACGGGGAACAAUGAUUCGUUCGACCUGGUCGAAGACGAUGACAUAUUUAGUGAAAAACUCCUUAAAAAGCUGAACGAUAUAACUUUAACACCCCCACGUGAAACAGCCGUACGCUCUGCCUCAGUAGACUGCCCACCAAGUUGGAAUCCGUCGGAAAACUUCAGCGAAACUGCUUCGCUUUUCUCUGGCAGUUUUCCAGAAAGAAACGUCGCAUUACCCGACCAUUUAUUGCAAAAUAUUAACAAGCCGAAUCGGUUUCCUGAAUCCGAUAGUGCCUACGUCACAAUGGAUGACGUCAGCGAGUCAAUUAGUCGAGUUCCCUUAAUCCAAACAUCCGAUUAUGUGCGUGUUUGUGACGCACAAACCAAAGAAAACGGGAAGCUGUAUUUCGUAUAA